AUGUCCUCUUUAAAACGUAUUACUAAGGAAUUGAACGAUCUAGGCAGAGACCCACCUACCUCAUGUUCCGCUGGCCCAGUUGGUGAUGAUAUUUAUCAUUGGCAAGCUUCCAUUAUGGGUCCACCAGAUUCCCCAUACGCUGGUGGUGUCUUCUUCUUAUCUAUUCAUUUCCCAACAGACUACCCAUUCAAACCACCAAAGAUUUCUUUUACUACUAAAAUAUAUCAUCCAAAUAUUAACGCCAAUGGUAAUAUUUGUUUAGAUAUAUUGAAGGAUCAGUGGUCUCCAGCUUUAACUAUCUCCAAAGUUUUAUUGUCUAUUUGUUCCCUAUUAACUGAUGCUAAUCCAGAUGAUCCAUUAGUACCAGAAAUUGCUCAUAUUUAUAAAACUGAUAGACCAAAGUAUGAGGCAACUGCUAAAGAAUGGACUAAGAAAUAUGCAGUAUAG